CAUGCGUACUUGUCUCUCCACUGUGAAGCGUGAACCCAUCAAAUCCUUUCUGGGAACGUCUGCAUUGGCAUUAUAAUACGACCUUCCUUGUUUCAAUUGUGGAUUUACUCUUGCAGUUUGUUGUCGUUUGAAAUAUCAGCGCGUGUCAUUAGCCACCCAGAAGGGAAGGCUACAUUUUAUGCCAAGUGAAUCGCAUUCUGCGCGGUGUAUUUUUUUGUCAGGUCUGAUAUAUCCGACCUCAAGCCGAUAACUUUCAUCAACACACGAGUUGAGUGGAGGAGCACAUUAAUGCGUACAGUACACGGACCUACUUGCCAUAAGGACAUCUGUCAGAAUCCGAAUAAUGUUUUUGCAGUGAUUGUUUUGGUAUCAUUUACCACACUUCCACUGUUGCCAGUCUAUCUAGCACCAGAGUAGCCAAAGUAACGCUUUUUAAAAACGAUUGAAUGAGUCCAGUUGUUUAGAGAAUUCUAGAAAAAUAUGGGAAGCACAGCAAAUGACUCCAAGAAGAGAGACGUGAAGACACCUAGAAAGAAGAGGACGCUUCGAUUGAACAUGCCCGACCUCGGCUCGUUUGCCAUGCCCUUCUUGGAGGGAGAUGCCGACCAUGUGGACAAGGCCGACAUACAGAAGGAUGAUGGGAGUUGCCACUCAGCCAGCCCGACCAAAGGCUUCUUCACGAGGGGGCCCUUCAGUCGGCCCUCCAGUCCCAAGUCGGCCCCUGCUAGGACCAAGAACAGCCCGGGCUCCCCCAAAACCAUCUUCCCCUACCCUUCGUCCCACCAGGACUCCCCACCCAAGUCACCUCGUCGCCUGAGCUUCAGCGGCAUCUUCCGUUCCUCCUCCAGAGACUCUAACUCCACCUCUCCCGUCAGCAUCAAGCUCUUCUCCAGGGCCAGGAAAGCCUCCGGGAUCUCCUCGCCCCCCUCAACUCCUCCGACGCAGGCCGCCAAGCAGCCGCCGGCGUUCCCGCUGGAGGCCUAUCGGAGCGAGCCGGAGAGGCUGGAGGCACGGAUGCGCUCCUACUCAUCCCCGCCGGACACCGGGCAGCGCUUCAGUCUACGCUGCUCCAAGCCACCCAUGACUCCCUCCGCCCCCAUCGCUAACUCACGAUCACGACCAGUCCACGGUUUAGCUGAAGGCAUGCUGGAGAAACUUGAUCUAGAAGAUGAAGCUUUUGAAGAAUCCGAAAGUGAUAUCUACAUGCGCUUUAUGAAGUCACACAAGUGCUACGACAUUGUUCCUACCAGCUCUAAGCUGGUGGUUUUUGACACUACUCUGCAGGUAAAAAAGGCCUUCUUCGCCUUGGUUGCCAACGGGGUGCGGGCAGCCCCACUAUGGGAGACAAAGAAGCAGAGCUUUGUCGGAAUGUUAACCAUCACAGACUUCAUCAACAUCCUCCACAGAUACUACAAGUCUCCCAUGGUACAAAUAUACGAGCUGGAGGAACAUCAGAUUGAAACAUGGAGAGAGCUCUACCUACAAGAAACCUUUAAGCCGUUAGUGAACAUAUCACCUGAUGCAAGCAUAUUCGACGCGGUGUACUCGCUCAUCAAGAACAAGAUCCACCGGCUGCCCGUCAUCGACCCAGUCAGCGGCAACGCGCUUUAUAUCCUCACGCACAAGAGGAUCCUCAAGUUCCUCCAGCUCUUCGUGUGCGAGAUGCCCAAGCCUGCCUUUAUGAAGCAGACUUUGGAGGAACUAACCAUCGGGACCUACCACAACAUCGCCUUCAUCCACCCCAACACACCCAUCAUCAAGGCCCUCAACAUCUUUGUGGACCGGAGGGUGUCCGCACUGCCAGUGGUGGACGAGUCAGGAAAAGUAGUGGAUAUCUAUUCCAAGUUUGAUGUCAUUAACCUUGCUGCUGAGAAGACCUACAACAACCUGGACAUCACGGUGACCCAGGCUCUGAGGCAUCGCUCACAGUACUUUGAGGGCGUCAUGAAGUGCAACCGGCUCGAGACACUGGAGACCAUCGUGAACAGGAUAGUCAAAGCAGAGGUCCACAGGCUGGUUGUGGUGGAUGAGAAUGCCCGGAUCGUGGGCAUCGUGUCCCUGUCGGACAUCCUGCAGGCCCUGGUGCUCACCCCUGCAGGUAUCUGCAGGAAGAACAGCCAACCACAACCAGAAGCAGAGGCACCACCAGCAACGUUAGUAGAGGCAGAACCAGAGGUAGAGGUAGUAGCAGAUACAGAACUACAGGAAGAAGCCGAAGCAGAGGCACCACCAGAGAUGUUAGUAGAGGCAGAGGUAGAGGUAGCAGCAGAUACAGAACUACAGGAAGAAGCACAGGCACCACCAGAGAUGUUAGUAGAGGCAGAGGUAGAGGUAGCAGCAGAUACAGAACUACAGGAAGAAGCAGAGGCACCACCAGAGAUGUUAGUAGAGGCAGAGGUAGAGGUAGCAGCAGAUACAGAACUACAGGAAGAAGCAGAGGCACCACCAGAGAUGUUAGUAGAGGCAGAGCCAGAGGUAGAGGUAGCAGCAGAUACAGAACUACAGGAAGAGGCCGAAGCAGAGGCACCACCAGAGACUGAGGAACCACCAGAAACAUUGGUAGUGGUGGCUGAACCGGCGACUGAGGUAGAAGCUCUAGUGGAAGCUGAAACAGAGGUGGAAGGUAAGACUGAGGCUGAGGUGGUGGUGGAAGCAGAAAUCAAGACCGAGGUAGUGGAGGUUAAGGGUGAAACUGAGGCAGAGAUGAAGGCUGAGGUGGAGAUUAAGGCUGAAACCAAGGCAGAGGAAGUAGAGGUUAAGGCUGAAACUGAGGCUGGGGUGGUGAUGGUAGAGGUGGUGUGGAUUAAGGCUGAAACUGAGAUAGAGGCUGAGGUGGAGGUUAUGGCUGAAACCGAGGCUGAGGUGGGGAUGGCAGAGGAUGAAGCAGAGGUGGUGGUCGAGAUUAAGGCUGAAACCGAGACAGAGGCUGAGGUGGGGAAUGCUGAGGCCGUGGCAGAGUCUGAGCCAGUAGUGAAGGUAGAGACUGAAGCUGGACCCAAGGAUGCUGAGGAAGGAGAGGCAGAGUGACAUCCAUGGCAGUCGCUACAAGCUGUAUGUGACUGACCUGCCAUGACGCUGCUGUGAGAGGAAGUUGACUCAGGAAGAGGAGCGAGCUGAGAAAGAGGGAUCUAAUUGUUGGGAUGGGUGGUUUAGUAGAAGUGUGACACUCCGGCUUACCAGGGUCCUAAUGGGUCAUAUUCUGUGAUGGGGGAGGUGGUCACAUGGGUGACUUACUCGGGCUGACCAACCAGGGAUCACUUUACUAUAACUGGGUUGUGCCUCCCUUUUCUCCAGAUUGUGCACACCCCUGUCCUUUUACCUCUGGAUCUUCCAGCAUCACCUGACUAUGGGCCCCAUCUAGAAACAACCUGUAGUCCCUAUCCCCUAGGCACUUGUGUAGACUUGAAAGGAGUGGAUGGGUGUGAGCAAUGUGGCUAAUAUUCCACCUAGCCUAUCAGAGAGAAUGGCGGAGCUACCACCAUGUUGUCCUGUCUACACCAAGUGUCUACCUAGAGCAGUGGUUCCCAACCUUUUCUGAACCGGGGCAUACCUUGAUUUGAGACAAAUUCUGUGGCACACCUAAAAUCAGUGGCGUGCCGUGGGCCUGGGGCCUGGGCCUUCAGUGAGGUACUACACAGUCCCACCCGAAUUAAUCCACCUCUUAUUACCAUCAUUAUGAUGCCAUG